AUGGGAAAUGAAACUGUAAAACAACUCCGAGACGACCCAUCUGUCUCUAGCGUCAAUGCUGUGGAAUCAUACCGUGGUGGCGGAAUCAGGAACAGGACACUCUCACUCAUGGAGGCAUUCAGUUCUUAUAAUGAAUAUAUGGUCAUUAUGGAUCCAAGGUCCGGAAUGGAUGUCUGGACACAUGCUAAACGCACCAAAGUACGGAUCAAGAAGAACGGGCCCAAGGAUGGCGGACCAUUCGAAGGUGCUACCGAUUUCUACGAUGACGGACUUAAGAUGUACUCAGGUUAUUUCGACCCCGAGACCGCGAAACGGAUCGAAAACGAUGAGAAUGUGAGCGAGUCCAAACACAAACCGGCUCAAUAA